ACGUUCCCUAUCGUCCUCGGCUACAACCACAAGUGCCAUUUCGAGACCAGAUUCGCCGUACAGCGCAUUCUCUGAGCGAUCACUUUAUACUACGCGACAGCACCACGCGUGCCCAUCUCACCCGAAGUUCAAUCCUUCUGCCUACCAUCACCGGCGCGAAAACACAUCAUAAUCUCUAGCCCACCAUGUCUCGCCAUCAUCCUGAUCUAGUAAUGUGCCGCAAACAAUCCGGCAUCGCCAUCGGCCGUCUCUGCGACAAGUGCGAUGGCAAGUGCCCCGUGUGCGACUCGUACGUGCGGCCGACGACACUGGUGCGCAUCUGCGACGAGUGCUCGUUCGGCAACUACCAGAACAAGUGCGUGGUGUGCGGCGGCGAGGGCAUCUCGGACGCGUUCUACUGCUUCGAGUGCACCAGACUCGAAAAGGACAGGGAUGGGUGUCCCAAGAUUAUAAACCUGGGUAGUUCCAGGACGGAUCUAUUUUACCAAAAGAAAACAAAUCGAACAUUUUAACAAUAGAGAUGCCCGGGCAUGGGCUUGUGUGAGAAGAUUGUUUGGGGUGGUUAAUUUACUGAUAUGAGAGGGGCUCCUGAGUGACGGAUGGAAACCAUGUUGGAAGGGGCAUAUAACUUCGAGAAAAGGGAUUUGUCACAAGCUCAAGCUGCAUUUGACUUGGCAUCAAGGGCGUUAGGGAGUUUUGUUUACAUACAUAGCAUAACAGGGCAGGCUCAGAGUUGAGAAAGACAAAGCUGAAAAGCAAGUACGUA